CAGAGAUCCUCAGAGAUCGGAGUAGUCAUUGAUAUAAAACUGACGUUUUAAAGUAUGGCACAAAGGCUGAUUGACGAAAAAAUUCUUGCUGAAUAUGAACCGUCAGAAGAAGAAAGACUAUUCCAAUUCGAUAUCCAAAAAUACAACGGACCAAAAAAUUCCCGUUUUGAACCGCAUGGCGAAGGGAGGGCAAAAUUCGUUACCGGUGGACGAUAUGAAGGCAAUUUUAGGAAGGGCUUCCUCCACGGAAAAGGACGUCUGGUGUUGCAAGACUGUCACAGAUACGAAGGUUGGUGGCGCAAAGGUCUGAAGCAUGGUAUGGGACGGAUGCAUUACCCAGAUUGUUCUUUCUACGAAGGAGAAUUUAGAAAGGACCAACGGUAUGGAGUCGGAAAAUAUAAAUACCCGAAUGGAGCAGUUUACGAGGGAAACUGGUUCAAAAACCAGCGUCACGGCGUGGGGUGUUACAUGUUUAGUAGAGGAGACGUUACGCUGAAAUCGGCAUGGAUUGAAGGCAUUGCUAGAGGUCCUGCUGAAGUGAUUUUCGAAGACUGUAGAUACCAUGGCUAUUGGGAUGAAGAUAACCCCAGAGGCCCGGGAUGUUUCUCGUUUGAUGCGAAGGUUAUGAUUAAGGGAAAGUACUACGUAAAUCAACGGGAAGGAUGUGAAUCGAAGGAAUUAGUGUGGCAACCGUUGCUUAUCGAGAAGUACGAAUACUCUAAGUUGCCACUUGAACCUCUGCCAUUCCCAAUAGAUGAAUCAGAUAUAUCAGAGGUCAGUUCUUCCGAAGAUGAGGACUGUAAUUCAGAUGUUGUUUCUAAUACUGAAAUGGAUGAAUAGACAUAUUGAUAGAUGACAUAGUAAUACGAGUGAAUGCUUAAUUAAAUAUCUCGCUG